UAAAUGAAGUGAAACAAAACUUGAGGAAGAAGCAUGUUACAAAAUAAUCUUCACAACUAGAUACAUAGCUAAAGGGGAAGUUUGCUGCUGUACGUUCAAGGUUGAAUGAGACAGCAAUUGAAGGAAAGGCCCCCGAAAUAACGGCAUUGGCAGCUGUUUCAAAGCAUCAGCAUUAGAUAGACAGCAGUAAAGGAAGAAAGAGAGAGGGAGCAAGCAACAGAGAAAAAGAGAGGAGGAGCAAAAAAAACAAGUCAGGGGAGAGGCUGCUUUCUUUCAGUGCUAAGAGUGUUUCUGAUCUUACUGAAGGCUUCCUGUGUCAGCACCAUGGGGAAGUCAGCCUCAAAGCAGUUUUCCGAGGAGGUGCUGCAGUGCCAUAAUGAGUUCAGGAGGAAGCACCAGGCUCCUCCAAUGAAGCUAAGCAGCAAGUUGAGCAGAGAGGCUACCCGUUAUGCUGAAAGUCUGGCCAGCACACGGAUCCUGAAACACAGUGUGGAGUCCAGUAAAGGGAGCUGUGGAGAGAACCUGGCGUGGGCCUCCUAUGACCAAUCAGGAAAGGAUGUUACAGACCGCUGGUAUGAUGAAGUGAAACAGUACAACUUCAACCGUCCUGGAUUCUCCUCUGGCACUGGUCAUUUCACAGCAAUGGUGUGGAAGAGCAGUAAUAAGUUGGGUGUUGGUAAGGCUACUGCAUCAGACGGUUCAUCCUUCGUGGUGGCCAGAUACUUCCCCGCUGGAAAUAUCACCAACCAGGGACACUUUGAAAACAACGUCCUCCCAGCUAAAUCCACCACAUAACGAUGUCUCGAUCCCCAACGCUUGACUCAAGCCCAAAGGCAUUUAUUCCAUUUUUCCAGGAGAGUCUGAAGUUAUCUGCCUGCACUGUUAUCAAGGAUACUCAGGAGAGCACCACCUCUUGCCUAAUAGAGAUCCAUACUAUAUUGUAUAGAUUUUUUUU